GAGCUAGGCGCCUUACAUGGGCCGCUGUGGCCGCACACCCGCUCAAGCUUGGGCUGCUCCCAUGUCGCUCUCGCUGCAUGUGAAUGAUUUCCUCUCAUCCGCUCGCGAUUUCCACCGGAUUUCCCAUUAACCAAAAGCCAUCGUCCUCGCGGCGAGCUCGGUGCAACCACUGCUUCCACCUACCACUUCUACUACUCAUACACGCAGUGCCAUUGGUGUCCACCUCGAUCGAUCUCUCCCCUCACAAUCCUCUCUCACGUACGCAAGCUAGCUAGCUAUCUAGCCAUGUCGAUCAGUCCACGCUUCUUGGCCGUCGCCGCCGUCCUCGCCGGCGCGAUGUACUCCGCCGCGACGGUGGCCGCGGACACGCCGGGCGGCAGCUGCCCGUACCCGUGCCUCCCGCCGCCGAUCGCCGGUGGCGCGGUGAACAGCUACCCUCCGCCGCCGCCCGCGGGGAGUAGUAGCAGCAGCAGCUCAGGUGGAGGCGAUGGCGGCGCCGGCGGGUUGUUUGGCGGGACCUACCCGCCGCCGCCGCCCGGGGUGAUGCCUGGGGCCUUCGCUCCGCCGUUCGGCGGCGGGUUCCCGUACGGGCCAGCGCCGCCGCCGCCCAACCCGAUCCUGCCGUGGUUCCCGUGGUACUACCAGCACAACAACCCCAUCACCGGGUCGACGACGUCGGCGGCGGCGGUGGGCCGGACGCCGGCGAGCAUGGUCACGACGGUGGUGUUGCUCCCGCUGUUCUUGGUUGCUCUUCUUCGUGUGCUGUAGAGUGCUUAAUAAAUUCUAAUUUGUCGCUAGGAGUGUUUUGCUAGGUAAUUAGUAAGAUGUUUUAUGUACAACCUGGUUUUUGUUAACUGAGAUGAUCUAUGGAGUUACUUUUACGAAAUUAUUAUUAUGAUGAUCAUGAUGAUGUGAGUAUCGAGAAA